GGGAAAACUCAAACUGAAAGUGGAUGGUGUGAAGGACAGCAAUCUUCAUGGCGUUGUGCAGUGGACUAGUGGAAUCACGUAUUGAAGCGCAGGGCAUAGGGGCAGAGGGGCGUGACACCCGGGUCUCUGCUUAGUACCUCCCUCUCCCUCACGUCAACGAGCAUGGCGGACGAGGUGCGCCGCAUCCUGUAUGGCAGCGGCCGCAGGCGUGUAUUUGUGCCACCAACAAAGGCCGCCACCACCACGCACUCGGCCAAGGAGGUGCCCAACACCAGCAAUCAUGUCAAAGACCAGCAGAACCAGAAGCAGCAACACCAACAACAGCAACACCUACAACAGGAACGACAAGAACAGCCACAGCAGCAGCGGCAACAACAACACCAAGGCCAGCAGCAACCACAGCAGGAGCACGACACGCGAGCACAACAGAAAACGCUCGAUGCGACAUCUGCACCACCACCCACCUCCCCCCGCUCCGCCCCUGGCGUUGUCCCUGAAAGUCACGACUUGCAAUCCCGUUCCACCCGAGAAGAAACUCCAACGCCAGCCCUCUCACGCCCUCAGGCAGCACAGCAAGUGCUGGCUGAGCAUGAUAGUAUCGAGAGCUUCGAGGAUGUUGCCGACGACGUGGAUAUCGAUGCUGAUCACGAUCCUCUUGGGCUUGGUGCCAGUCGUUCACAGCAAACACAAGCGCAGCAACGGCGGCAACAACAACAACAGCAACAUGGGGUCGACCAGCAUCGCCCAGACAGCGUUCCCGUGUCUGCUGUUGACGAGCCUUAUCGACAGGUCUUCAAAAGCAUCCGCUCCUUCAACCGUGUGCAGAGCCUGUGCUUCAAUGAUUUGUACCACAGCACCGACAACGUUGUGAUCAGUGCACCCACGGGAUGUGGCAAGACAGCGUGCAUGGAAUUGGCAAUGCUGCAAGUGCUCAAAGCACGUACUCCCACAGACAAGGCCAUUGUCAUCUACAUUGCGCCGAUGAAAGCGUUGUGCGACGAACGCGAGCAAGACUGGAAGGAGAAGCUGUCUCCAUUGGGCCUGUGUGUGAUGAAGAUCACCGGCGAUUCGCAGCUGGAGGAUCUCCGCAACAUCAGCUCUGCAGAUGUUGUCAUCACCACACCGGAGAAAUGGGACAGCAUGACGAGGCGGUGGCGGGACAAUCAGGCGCUAGCACGACACGUGCGCUUGCUGCUCAUCGACGAGGUCCACGUGAUUGGUGAGGCGAACAGAGGACACACACUCGAGGUCGUCGCCACACGCAUGAAGACGAUGGCCAUGGGGACUAAGGACCACCCCGGCAUCCGCAUCGUCGCAGUGUCGGCCACUGUUCCAAACCUGAACGACGUCGCAAAAUGGCUGCGCACGAAUGAACGAAAGCCAGCACGCGCGCACCUUUUUGGCCCGGAGUUCCGGCCCGUCCCGCUGUCGCUGCACGUGGAGGGAUUUCGGGGAUUUGAUCGUCCUGGCGACGCAUUCAAGUUUGACCACUUUCUCAACAACAGGAUCCAGGAUGUGGUGAACAAGCACAACCCGGAGCACCGCCCGACGCUCGUGUUCUGCCUCACGCGCAAGUCAACCUUCGAAACAGCGCGGGCGCUGAAAGGGCUGGCGACGCAGAGCCCACGCAUCCGCAUGUUUCUUGGAGAACUCCGCGAACAGAGCAGACGCUUGCUUGAUACCAGCGUUCGAGAUCUGGUGAGCCAGGGCGUUGGGGUGCACCAUGCCGGGUUGGCUCCAGCGGACCGCGCCCUCAUUGAACGCCUUUUCCUCCAGGGGAAACUCCUCGCCCUCACCGCAACCACAACCUUGGCCAUGGGGGUCAAUCUCCCAGCCCAUUUGGUGAUUGUGAAGGGAACGAGCCAGUACAAUCCCAGUGGCACAAAGGAGUUGAGCGAGAGCCAGAUCCUACAGAUGGUAGGCCGGGCUGGGCGCCCCCAGUUUGACCGCACUGCCGUUGCUGUCGUCCUCACCAGCAUGGUGCAGAAAACCGUCUACGAGGCGUCACUCAAGGGCGCAAAACCCAUCGAAUCGAGUCUGCACAAGCAGUUGAUUGAGCACAUCAACGCGGAGGUGUCAUUGGAGACCAUCCAGAGUGUGGAGGACGCCAUGGAGUGGCUACAGUCCACAUUCUUUUACAUCCGCGCACUCAAGAAUCCAUCUCACUAUGGGGUUGAGGGCUCGACGCAGGCGCUGGAAGAUCACAUGCGGCGGGUGUGCUUGAACAACCUCAACGAGCUGCACAAGGCCAAGCUGAUCGUGCUGGAUGACGCCCUCUCCUGUCAGAGCACAGGGUCGGGAAAGACCAUGGCCAAGUACUACGUCGCCUUCAAGACGUUUCAGCUCUUUGAGGAAAUGAAGACCAAAGGAACCGUGGAAAGCAUUCUGCUGGCGCUGUGUCGCGCGCACGAGUUUGAGGAAAUUCGCCUGCGCCACCAGCAGAAACGAAAGCUCAAGCUUCUCAACUGGAAGAAAAAGUCGGAGGAUCGCCAGAUCAUUAGAUAUCCAAUGAAGGAAGGAAACGGCUGCAUCCGCACCCCGCAAAUGAAGAUCAACUGUUUGAUUCAGGCUGCGCUUGGUGGAUUGAAGGUCGACGACAUGCAACUGACGCAAGACACCCAGGCCAUUUUCAAGUCGUCUUUUCGCGUCAUGCACUGCUUUCUUGAGUACCUGUACCUGAUCAAGGACGGUGUGCCCUUUGACACUGCACACGCAGCGGUCACACUCAGCAAGUGUCUUCAAGCAAGGCUUUGGUGGGACAGCGAACACGUGACCAAACAGCUACCAAGGAUUGGUGCCACCUUGUCCCAGGCCUUUGUUGACGGCGGUCUCGAUUCGCGCCAGAAGCUCCUGCGUGCCCCUCACGUCCAACUCGAAGCGCUCGCAAAGCGACAUCCGCCCUUUGGCAGCAAGUUGCAAGCGUCGCUGCACGAGUUCCCGGAGGUUGUGGUGGACGUGGAGCAGACGGACGAUUUCAGUGCCAAGCGGUCGCGGGUGGAGGUGCGCGUGCGAGUGCACAACACGUCCACAGCGCGCGCAAAGCCCGGGGACCACGUGCACAUGAUCGUCGCCACCCCAGACGACACCAUUGCCUACUGGACCAAACUCACGCUGUCCAAGUCGCUGCUAAGCGGCGCUGAGACGAUGCGUGUGGUGACGAUACCGCGAUCCGAUCGGGGAAACACGUGCUGCGUGCACCUCAUUCACUCGAGACUGGUGGGUAUCGACGUCCACAAGCGCUUCGAGCCAAAGUUUGCGCCCUUACCCGCUUCCGCAACCAAGGCAGCUGCACCAAAGCGACGUGGGACCAAGGGCACAAAGUCCACCACCACUACCAGUGCACCAUCACGAACGGAGACAAAAGCCAACACAAGCGAUGAUCUGAUUUCCAUGCAUCUCGACGCGCUGCUUGACAGCGACGAUGACGAUGACGAUGGCUGUAGCAAUGGCGGUGGCAGUGGGAACACGGCCAGUCGCUCUUCAACACUGCAGCAACAGCAACGGCAACAGCAGCAGCAGCAGCAGCGGUGCACUGCAAACUCCGCCAAGAGGGCCAAGGUGGGUUCGCAGGCGUCCUCUCAACGGCAGACACUACAGCAGCACAAGGUGCAGCGUAAGGCGGGAGGCGGUGGUGGCCGGGGACCAAAUGCCACAGCAGCUUUGCGCAAAGGCAGCGACAGCAGUCGCACCGGUGUUCAAGGGCGACCCCACACCUUUGUUUCUCACGGCAAGGAAAAUCUGCACCCAAUGAGCAAAGCUCGGGCCACAUCUGCGCCAAACCCGAAGCAACAACAGCCCGUGAUGAAGGUGAGGCGUGCUCGGCGCGCUGGUGUUGGUGGAACAGCCAUUGCGGGACGAUUGCUGACGUCAUAUCAACACCCGACGGCAUCACAACAGCAACUUCACCGCGGUGGUGCUUCGUCAUCAUCGGUCAACCCUCUGUCUUCGCUCAGCCACGUGCGCCAGCAGCAUCAACCCCCCCUUGGUCCAGGCGUUGAGGGGCCUGUGCCGAUGAUGCAGCCACCUCAGGGCACACCUUCGUUUGGCUCCUUCUCCUCUUCCGUGUUUGACAGCGUGCCCUGUUUUGUGGGGCAGCACUCGCACGACAAUCCCCAGCGGCACCAACGGCAGCACCAACGGCAACACCAGCGGCAGCACAGCGUUGCUGCUUGGCUUGGCCUGUCCUCGUCUUCUUCUCACCAGAUGCCUGCCUCUCACCCACACGCAGCACAACGACAGCCACGCGAUGCUGACAUGAUGUGGCAAUCCCCAAAGUCCUUCCUGUCCGAUUUUCUCCUGUAA